GUUGGUCACAUCUACUGCGCAGUUUAUCGUGAAGCUUCAGACAAUGGUGUCAGGCCUAGGAAAGCAGAGGCUACUGUUACGAUCGUGAUACAGAAAAUAGUUGGUGGACAAUCCAUACUUUGACCAGUCUACAUAUGAGAGAACAAUAUCCUCUGAGGAGAUUAUCCCACAUACGGUCAUCACGCUCAGUACUAAGGAUCCUUCUCCUAAGGGUCGCCUUCUUUUCCGUAUCUUUGGGCGUGGCCUUGCUCCCACAUACUUCAGUUUGAACCCAAGAGGAGAUGGCAGUGUUGACUUGAUCCUUCGACAGUCUGUAGAGAAUAUCGACACCGAAGUAUUCUACGUGGAUGUGGAAGUAUAUAGAGAGGGUGCUCAAACUGAACGUGGUUCGGCCGUGGUGAGGGUCAACAUUGAUAGGAACCAUGCUCCCUACUUCCUGCACGGCACGCUUAACUACUCUAUACCAGAGAACCAACCUUUGACACAACCAUUUGGUGACGUGAAUGCUGCUGAUGAGGAUACGGGUGAGAGAGGUGACAUUACAUAUCAGCUCGUAUCACAAUCGCCACCUGGAAACAAGAACUACUUCUUCGUGAACCCGUACAACGGUAACCUGUCUGUGAUUGCCCCACUCACUGAAGACUCUGUGGAGGAAUACACGCUGAUUAUUUCUGCCACUGACAAUGCUCGUCUCCAGAAGAGGGCCUUAGUCACGGUGCGAGUGAAGAUCUUGCGUAACAACAACCCGCCCAAGUUCAGCAAGAAUCAGUAUGAUGGGUUUAUCAAUGCCUCUUCCACCCCGGGCAGUCCCGUAACUCAGGUGUCAGCCACAGAUGAUGAUGGGGAUGCCAUUCGCUACAGCAUUGACCAGGAAGGUGUGGAUCAGCUUCGUUUUGCUAUUAACCCUACAACAGGGCAGAUAACACUGCGAGCCAAGCUGGAAUCGGAAUCUAACACAGAAUACAGGUUCACAGUACGGGCAACUGACACUGGAACACCUCCAAAACACGACACUGCAGUUGUUAUAGUUCAGGUUACUAGAAACUUUCACAAGCCAGAGUUCACAGAGCAAGAGUACAACACAACUAUCUCAGAGUACCAUCCAGCCAGGAGACCCGUCAUCACUGUACAAGCCACAGACAAGGACCUUGAUGCUAAGAGUCGCUCAGUAGUCUACAGCAUUCUGACUGAAACCAAGUACUUCUACAUAUCCAGAGGUGGCGGUCAAAUCUAUGUGGACAGUGAACUGACCACUCCCCAGGCUAAUGACACAUUUGUGCUUGAGGUAGAAGCCAGAGAUGAGGGCAUACCACCACGAGCCGCCACUACCAGAGUUGUCAUCCAUGUCCAGCGUAACCUGUUUGCUCCUACGGCUGAUCCUACAGUGUACAGAAGUGAGAUUGUGGACACCUUCCCAGCUGGAUCUGCUAUCUUGUACAUCAGUGCAACAGACAGAGAUUCACUGGAUCCUCUUAACAAAGAUACACCAAAUGCCAUGCUGAAAUACACAGUUACUCCCCUUGAAGCCAGUAACAUAUUUACUGUGACACCAGGAGGAGCUGUUACUGUAAGGGACAGUCUUGUCCGCACAGCAGAUCAGAAUGUUUACCAGUUUAAUGUGACUGUGAGUGACCAGAGCUGGAGACCAUUAAGCACCAGUGUGUCUGUGACAAUCCUGGUCUAUCCCGAAACAUUGCCACCAACCAGCUUGAAAUUCUCACAACCACUCUAUUAUAAGGAGAUCUAUGAGAACUUGCCGAGCAAAACAAGCGUGGUGUUCCUGGAUGUUAUCAACCAGCAGAAGAGUGUACAAGUCACCUGUUCUAUUGUCUCUGGAGAUCCCAACAAUCGCUUCACCAUCACUCAGGAUGCUUCCAAGAAGAACUGCAAUCUGACCCUGGCCAAGGCCAUUGAUCGUGAAGAACAAGACUCCUACAGGCUCAAUGUCUCUGUCAACCAUGCCAACGCACAGAAUGUUGAAUGGAGCAGAGCAGGUUACUCUGAAAUUAUCGUCAAGGUUUUGGAUAUCAAUGACAACACUCCCACAGUCAUCUACCCAGUUUAUCCUCUGCAGGACAUCACCGCUCAGGGCACAAAGGGCAACAUUUAUGGAGUAAUAUCGCAGGUGUCUCCAGCAGGAACACUUGUCCUGAAGAUCAAUGCCACAGAUCCAGAUCUGGCGGAGAAUGGUACAGCAGGUAUUGUGUACACUUCCCAAAGUGCUAACCCAUUCAGAGUUACCCGAGAAGGACAGGUAUUACUGGCCCUACCUUGGGACAGAGUGGAGGUGCCAGACACCAUGUAUGCAUUUAAUGUUGAUGUCACAGACAGAAAUGGCAAUGGAAACACAGCACGUACCAGAAUUGUGGUUAACCACUACAGUGACCUCAACCUGUUUGCAAUGCAGAUAGAUGGACCUCCAGAACGAUAUAUCCAGUUAAUUGAGGAAAUUAGAAGGAUUUUGCAGGAAGAGUUACAGUAUGUAAUCCUAAUUUGGGGCUUUGAGCCAGCAACUGUUGAUGGGAUAGCACAGACUGACAGCACUGAUGUUCUGUUUUUCAUGAUCAAUCCUGUGACGGAUCUUAUUGUGACACGUGAGGGAGCCGGAGGGUUAAUAGAUACUGGAACCCAGGUGAAGAUCAAGAACAAACUGGAUGAGAAACUGCAAGUAAAGUAUGAGAGGAUCUAUGGCCCUGUUGUAGCUGCCACUGGAGGUAUGACCAAGUCGUACAUCGGUCUGCUGGACAACCCCUGGGCUGCCCUACUGGCUCUGGCAGCUAUCAUCAUCCUACUGGCUAUUGUGGGCAUUAUCGUCCUCUGCUUCGCCUGGGCUAGGUAUCACAAGUUCUGGCAGAAGUACCAGAGUAUGGGAGGCUCUGCCUUACUCAUGGAUAACAUGCAUGGCAUGGAAUUCACUGAGACACCCAGCAUGAUCCGAGAAUACGAAACACAGUCUCUGAGUAUGUAUGUGCCCAAUGACGAGGCCAUGCUAGACCAGGCUGAGAUCAACAUGGCUAUUGUGGGAGGGGCAGGAGGGAGUGGAGCAGCCCGCAUCACCCACACCUCAGAGGGCGUCACCGCAGCUGUCAACCCAAUAUUUGGAAGUGGUGAGGGAGGCCUGGGAGGAGGAGGAGGAGGCGGCGGAGGGGGUCAGAGUCUGGUCAUGCACUCCGGGGACUCAGGAAUACAGGAGACAUCCACCAUGAGAGUUCAGGAGAGUUCCCACUCCUACCAGUAUGCUACACAAGGUUACUCUGUGGAUGGCGGAGCAGGAGGAGCAGGCGAAUAUUCAUCUGUAGGAGGCGGCGGCUAUUCGGCAGGAGGUGGCGGAUAUUCAUCAGGAGGUAUGGCCUACACAUCGUCGGGUGGAGAUGGAUUUGUGUCAAGCUCUGGACCAGGUGGCUAUGUGUCAAACUCUGGCGGUGAUACCUUUGUUACAGGACCAGUUGGUGGUGGCGGCGGAGCUACAACUGGUUACUCCAGCUCGUCGUAUGUAGUGCAGAGUUACAGCAAUGGAGGCACUGGAGGCGGGGCUUACAUCAAUCAAGGCUACAGCGGAGGAAAAGGAGAGAGCACGACUGUACUGUAGUACAAGCCAAUCCCACCAAAAAACAGCUCCAAUUGGUUAAUGUCAUCACCUGUUGUCAACAUUAUCCAUCCAACUGGCAUUGCCAUACAAUGACUUCCUAUAUAUAUAUAUUUAUAUAUAGAACAUAUCUCCAGUUAUUCAACCUCUCUGCUGUAAGUUUGGCCUGUUAAAAUAUUCUAUUUUUGGAAUAACUUUGUUACACACAUUCCAGGGCUUAAUUAUAAGAAUUUCAUGUUGUGAUAGUGUAUUUUACUGUGUAGUGCUAGUGUUUACAUUGUCCUUUGUUUACUGUUGACUUUGGUUGUGAAAUUUUAUAAUUGCACGUUUUGAAUAAGCUCACAUUCCCAUGCCAACUGUCUCCAGGUCUGGUUACUUGGAGAAGACUUGCCAAUGGUGCUAAAAAUCUGUCAUAUACUCCUAUAUAUUUGAUAUAUGUACAUAUAUAUGUCUCUUACCACACAGUCGUUAGUGACGUUUUACCAGCUGUACUGCUAUUUAUUACAACAAACAUUUGUUACUAGUUUUUGAUACGUUGAAAUGUUUUACCUGGAAGAGAUUACCAGGAACCGUUACUGAGCCUCAGAGACCUGAUAUUGGAGCUUGUUUUAUUUGUUUACAUCGACACAGGUGAUAUUAAAUAUUUGUCACGCUUUUG